AUGGAAAUAAAUAGAAAUGAUGUGAUAAAGUUAAUAUUAUAAUUUUUGCAGGAAAAUGGAUUUAGAAAAUCUCAAGAAGAAUUAUAAAAGGAAAGUGGGAUUUGUUUAAAUUUAGUUGACUCGAAAUAAAAUCUUAAAAAAGAUAUAAUAGAUGGUAUGUAAUUUGAAUGAUUUAGGAAAAUGGGAUUAGAUAUUGAAUUAAAUAAAGCUAUUUAAUUUUUAAAGUGAUACAUUAUUGGAUUUAUAUGAAUUAAUAGUAUAAGAGUUAGUUGAAGUAAAUGAGACAUAAUCAGCAAAUUAAUUUUUUCUUUAAAUGAUUGUUCCAAGUCUUCAAGAAUUCAAAGAGAGAUUAUUAAGAUUAGAUUAUCUUAUAAGAAAGCCUGGUAAAUUAAGUGUAAAUGAAAUAUAUACUGAUAAUUUGAGUAAAGAAUAAAGAAGAAAUAAAGUAGCUGAAAAAGUGAUAAAUGAAUGCAUAGAAGCUCCAUAAUGUAGAUUAUUGGAAUUGAUUGGUGAUAGUUUAAGAUAUUUAAGUGCAAAUAAGAUAAUUACAAAUAACAAAUAUGAUUUAUUUAUGGGAUUGGGAUUUUAAGAAUAAAAAAUAACAUAAAUAGGUAGAAUUGAGAAGGUUGUUAAAUAUUCUGAGAAAAUGAGAGUUAAUAGUGCUACAUUUACUCCUGAUGGAUAAAAUUUAAUAACAGGAUCAAUUGAUGGAAUAAUUGAAGUUUGGGAUCCUAAUAAAUAUUCAGUAAGAAAUGAUAUAGAAUAUUAAGUUAAUGAUUAAUAUAUGAUGCAUAAUAGUUGUAUAAUAAACUUAAGUGCAAAUAAUGAAUUACUUGUUAGUUUGGAUAAUAAUGGAUAAGUCAAAGUUUGGAAAUUAAAAACUGGAAAGUGUUUAAAAAUAGUAGAAAGUACACAUCCUAAAUAAAUUGGUAGUAUAUUAUUAGGUAAGGAUCCUUAAUAAGUAUUUAUCGCAUCAGAUUAUAUAUAAUUGUUUGCAUUAAAGAGUGGAAUUACAUAAAAAUAAUUUAGAGGACAUAGUGGUUUAAUAUAAUCAAUGUUUUAAAGUACAGAAGGAAGUAGAUUAUAUAGUGGUGCUUUAGAUUAAUAAUUUAAAGUUUGGGAUAUACAUACUGGGGAACAGAUAUACACUUUGAAAUUAGAGACAGCUUUGGAGAAAAUAUUUUAUAUUUAAGGUUCAAUAUUAAUAUGUCCUAGAGGGAAAUAAAUGAUUUUGUUGAAUAGUAAUUUUUAAGAGAUUAAAAGAUUUUAUUCUGAAACUGAAUUAAUUAGUUGUGUAGCAUAAGGUGAUUAUGUUUAUGGAUUAGGAUAGGGACAAUUAUAUAGUUUUGAGAUUAAAUCUGGUAAAGGAUUAAAAUUGCUUAAAUUGCCAAGUGAAAAUAUGUAGGAUAUUUGUGUUGGAAAUAAUGCAAUUUUUUGUUUUUCACAGAAUGGACAUUUAAUAUUUAUACAAUGAGUUUAAAAUUAAAAAUAUUUUU